CUUGCAUUGGUAAAAAAUAUCCGAAAACACCAAGAAAUAGCCAAACAUGGAUCUCUUCUUGAUUAUUGCCGCCUUGGUAGCGACUGCAGCCUUCUUCCUCCUCCGGAGCACCACCAAGAAAUCUCUCCGGCUGCCUCCAGGGCCGAAAGGUCUUCCUAUCAUUGGAAACCUCCACCAGAUGGAGAAAUUCAACCCACAACACUUCCUUUUCCGUCUCUCCAAGGUCUACGGUCCAAUUUUCACAUUGAAAAUUGGUGGCCGUCGCCUUGCUGUGAUCUCCACGGCUGAGCUAGCCAAGGAGCUCCUCAAGACCCAAGACCUGAAUUUCACCGCUCGUCCUCUCCUGAAGGGGCAACAAACGAUGUCGUAUCAAGGCCGUGACCUUGGUUUCGGACAGUACACAGCGUACUACCGUGAGAUGAGAAAGAUGUGUAUGGUGAACCUCUUCAGCCCAAAUCGAGUAGCUAGUUUCCGACCCGUUAGAGAAGAAGAGUGCCAAAGGAUGAUGGACAAGAUCUACAAAGUCGCCGACCAAUCAGGGACCGUUGACCUUAGUGAGCUUCUAUUGUCUUUCACGAACUGUGUCGUCUGUAGACAAGCUUUUGGGAAGCGCUACAACGAGUACGGAACCGAGAUGAAAAGAUUCAUAAACAUCUUGUACGAGACUCAAGCCCUUUUGGGUACUCUGUUUUUCUCCGACAUUUUCCCUUAUUUCGGAUUCCUUGACAACGUCACUGGUCUUAGUGCGCGUCUCAAGAGAGCUUUCAAGAACCUCGAUACUUACCUUCAAGAACUCCUAGACGAGACUCUUGACCCUAAACGCCCUAAACCGGAGACAGAGAGUUUCAUUGAUCUUUUGAUGCAGAUCUACAAAGACCAACCUUUCUCCAUCAAAUUCACUCACGAAAAUGUCAAGGCCAUGAUACUGGAUAUUGUUGUGCCUGGAACUGACACAGCGGCUGCGGUUGUGGUAUGGGCCAUGACUUACCUUAUAAAGUACCCUGAAGCAAUGAAGAAAGCUCAAGAGGAAGUGAGGAAUGUGGUAGGCGACAAAGGAUAUGUCUCCGAAGAAGACAUACCUAAUCUCCCUUAUCUGAAAGCUGUUAUCAAGGAGUCUCUCCGUCUCGAACCAGUCAUCCCCAUUCUCCUACAUAGAGAAACAAUGGCAGACGCAAAGAUUGGUGGCUAUGAUAUUCCUGCGAAGACCAUCAUUCAGGUGAACGCGUGGGCAGUUUCUCGUGACCCAGCUGCCUGGGGAGACAACCCUAAUGAGUUCAUUCCAGAGAGGUUCAUGAACGAGCACAAAGGAGUAGAAUUCAAGGGGCAAGAUUUUGAGCUCCUACCUUUCGGGUCAGGCCGGAGAAUGUGCCCGGCGAUGCAUCUUGGAGUAGCAAUGGUAGAGAUACCUUUCGCUAACCUUCUUUACAGAUUCGACUGGAGCUUACCAAAAGGCCAUAAACCAGAGGAUAUAAAGAUGGACGUCAUGACCGGACUCGCUAUGCAUAAGAAAGACCACCUCGUUCUUGCCCCAGGGACGCACAUUUGAUCAGAAGCAAUUGGUGUGCGGAGCUAUAUUAUGAGAAUUCUGCUAGUAGAUAUGGCGAUCAAUUGUUGUUUUUCAAUAGGCGGCAAAAUUUUCGUUAAUAACACUGUUUUCAGUUCUGUAACA